GUUGGACAAAAUGGAGAUAAAAAUUAAGUUGGAUAUAAAAUCAUUCAGUAAUUCAAAACUUGUCUAUUCUCAAAUUUUUUAUCUAUGUAACCGUCAAUUUUGACAACCGCUGUCUGGUGUUUGGACCAUAAACAACACAAAGUCUUUCUCAAGUUUGUGUGCGAACAUGGCGGUCGGUAAAAAUAAAGGCCUUUCCAAAGGUGGCAAAAAGGGUGUUAAGAAGAAGAUUGUUGAUCCCUUCACCCGUAAAGACUGGUACGAUGUCAAGGCACCGUCCAUGUUCACCAAGAGGCAAGUGGGAACAACCCUUGUCAACCGCACUCAGGGAACAAAAAUCGCUUCAGAGGGACUGAAAGGCCGUGUCUUUGAGGUCUCUCUGGCUGAUCUCCAAGCCGACACUGAUGCGGAAAGGUCCUUCCGCAAGUUCCGUUUGAUUGCCGAGGAUGUCCAGGGUCGCAAUGUGCUCUGCAACUUCCACGGUAUGGACCUCACCACUGACAAACUCAGAUGGAUGGUCAAGAAAUGGCAGACCCUCAUUGAGGCCAACAUCGACGUGAAGACCACCGACGGGUACGUCCUGCGUGUGUUCUGCAUCGGGUUCACCAACAAGGACUCGCUCAGCCAACGCAAGACAUGCUACGCUCAGCAUACACAGGUGCGCGCCAUCAGAAAGAAGAUGUGCGAGAUCAUCACCCGUGACGUGACCAACUCGGAGCUGCGCGAGGUGGUCAACAAGCUGAUCCCUGACUCGAUCGCCAAGGACAUCGAGAAGGCGUGCCACGGAAUCUACCCACUUCGUGACGUUUGCAUCAGAAAGGUGAAAGUGCUGAAGAGGCCUCGUUUCGAGAUCUCCAAGCUGAUGGAGCUCCACGGAGAAGGUGGUGGCGGCAAGCGUGGUGAGGCGGGUGACAAGUCGGAGCGUCCCGAGGGAUACGAGCCGCCCGUCCAGGAGAGUGUAUAAGUUUAAAUAAAUUUGAAAAAAACUGA